CUGACGAUAAAAUCACAGUUUGAUUUAAAGUCAGCUUCUUCAUCACUCUGAAGAGAAGAUCUCAACUCUUCAGGAGGACCAGGAGACCUGGAGAUGGCUUCAACACCAAGAAGAAGAUGGAGUAAAGAACUGCCUCCUGAUCUGUCUGAAUUAAUGGACAAACUUAAAAAUCUUUCAGCUUCAUUCAUCAGAGAGUUUGACAACUAUGAAGACAGGAUGAGACAGAUUUCAGGAGAGUUUGAGGAGACCACUGCUGAAGUCAGAAAGAUGCAGAAGAGAUUAGCAGCAGGAAUGAGAGCCAUUAUUCUGGCAGGGUUAGUAGUAGCAACAGCACUAGCAGUAACAGCAGCAGUAACAGUAGCAGAUGGAGGAGCAAGGAAAGCAUCCACAUCUCUGACAGCAACAUCAAUACCUACAAGAACAGCAACACGCAUGAGUCUUCCACCAGCAAGAAUAGAAGAAGGAGUUCUAGCAGGAGAAGGAGCAGCAGGAAUACUACCAACGAUUGUUGUAGCAGCAGCAGUAGCAUUAGUAGCUGCUAUUGGAGGUCUUGUUUAUGAGUAUGCAAGACAAUCAAUACAUGGGAACAGAAGUAUAAAGAAAGUAGAGGAACUGGGGAAAGACUUUAUGGAGAUCAUUGAACGUCUGAAGAAGGACCUGGAAGAAAUAAAGAGGACGUGUGAGAAGUUGGAGGAAAGAUCAACUGAACUUCAGGCUGGAAUCACUCUGACAGACAUGGAGGACUUUCAGAGGAUUCUGAGACGAGUUUCUGAAGACAGAAGAGAAAUCCCCCAUUUGGCUGAUCUGUGUCAGAAGGUGGUUGAUGACUGUGAAAAGAUGAAGAAAGAACUCAAAGACUUCACAGAAUAGCUACACAGAGGGAAUUCGAUUCACUGACUAUUUCACUAAACUGAAACUCAAUAAAUAGUUUACAGGAGCUUAGUGUUAGCUUUCCCUGCUUCAGCUGCUUGAGGGGGAGACGGGGCUGGAGUCUCUAGAGCCCCCCCAUCCCCAACGAUCGCUUCCACUG